AUGCCCUCGUCUCAGCCGCCGGCGGAUGGGGAGGGACGCUCACCAAUCUCGUCGGCAAAACCCUUCUCUUUGUCCUUAGGAGGACAAGGUUCCUCUGUUUCGAAUGGAUCGAUCAAGAAAACCUCCUUUAAUAUACAGGAAUCAUCUCGAGCAACCAAUCAGUCUACUCGAACACUUCCACGGCGACCGCAUAAUCUCCAGGAUGAUGAUGAAUCCGACGACGACAGCGGCGCACCUGCCUACGAAGCUGUGACGGGAAUCGACACAAUUACCGGAACGGCCAUCUCCGCCGAUGGAUCACAUGAACCACGCAAAUUAGUUAUCCCUGUCGCAAGCAAUAACAACUGGCGCGAUAGACCUGGUAUCAACCGUCCACGGCCCCGAGGGAAGAACCUGCUCCCGAAGGAAGUGCAGGCGAUACGCGAGGCGGAACAACGAGGCGAAGUCGCUGGGGAGAAUGUCGAGAUAGAUGGCCCGAGUAUGUCAUAUGGUCUCAGUUUUGCGCAGACGGCGCAGGGAGAUGAGAGCCAGACGAGUGGUGAACAGGUGGUGGAGAGUGCGGACGCUGGAGCUUCUACGACUGAUGAACCCUGCAAACCUCUUACGCAGGAUGAAAUUGCGCUCCAGGCAUUGAUACGAGAAAGCAAGGGGGAGACAGAGGGCCGGUCUGAUCUUGUGAUCGAGUCUGCCCAGGGGGACCAGAAUGCACGUUACGAUGAGACUACUUCCUUCCGAACCGAUGUUGCUUCUCGCCCGGAACCUGCGUCGCUGGAUCAGUAUAAUGCAAUCCCUGUGGAGGAGUUUGGUGCGGCGUUACUCCGAGGAAUGGGCUGGAAAGAAGGCCAACCUGUUGGAAAAGGGAAAUACGGCUCUUCGACUGCCGCCGAAAAGCCGCGGAUCCCUGAACGUCGGCCCGGAUUUCUCGGGAUUGGAGCGAAGGAUACGUCGGGUGGCAAGGGCGCUGAGGCGGAGUUUGGCGCAUGGGGGAAAGCUGCAAUGCGGAAAGGAUCUAGGAAAGCUGGGAAAGAAGGCGACAACAAUACGGAGGGUGUCUACAUGCCGGUUCUUAUGCAAAAUAAGAAAACCGGAGAAUUUACGACGGAAGAAGAGCUUGCGGCGUUGCGGAAGGAGGCUAAGAAACGUGAUGACGAUGACUGGAAAGAGAGACGUGAUCGUAAUCUUAAAAAAAGCGGUCGAGACAGAGAUCGGGAUCGGGACUAUCGUCGGCGCGAGUACGACGAUGAUGACAGCAAUCGUUAUGACCGACGGGGAAAAGGGUCUUCAAGGAGGGAUAGGAGCCGAUCGUCGGGUGAUCGGAAUUUGAGACGACAAAUGUCCGCUGAUGAUCGAGACGAUAGCGACAGACGAGAGGAUCGAUACCGCCGAGAGAGAGACAGAGAGCGCGACCGCGAUCACCGUGAUUAUUAUCGUGAUCGAGAUCAUGAGAGGAGCCGUCGAUAUGGUGAUGAUGACCGUUACAGCUCCCGACACUCGUCGAAUGCGUCGAGCAGGCACGAUCGUAACCGAGACCGGGAAAGUGGUCGCGACUCCCAUCGUCGGCGAAGACAUGAUGAUAGAUGA